CUUCUGGAAAAGAUCAAUGUAACCUCGGUAUCUCGGUAUACGUUCAUAUACUUAGGUGUCGGUCACCAUGGUGAAGUAAAAUGAGAAGUGAUUGAUAAAGAUCUUUACAACAAUUAUACUUAAUAAUAAGAAAUAGUGAAAUGUUCUAUAUGGAGAGAGAAACGUCGAUGAAGAGAAAUGUCGAACAAUUACGAGGAAUUCACUGCGAAAGAUCUAGCAAACUGGAUCGUUUCCGGAGCAAUAAUUUUUGGCGGUAUUAUUCCGUACGUACCGCAAUACAGAGAAAUUAAGAAACGAGACAAUGCAGACGGAUUUUCGCUUUACGUUUGUCUCACACUUUUAAUAGCUAAUACGUUACGUAUUUUCUUUUGGUUUGGGAAACGUUUCGAGGUACCUCUUUUGUUACAAAGUAUACUGAUGAUCAUCGCUAUGUUCAUAAUGAUUAAACUUUGUAUAAAUGUACAAAACAGAAAUCAAGUGAUCAAAGUCAGAGAACGUGUGUUCACAGAUUUUGACCCGAACUUCUUUUGGAAGUGGACAGAUUUUCAAUCUUACUUGGACUUCAUUCUAUUAUUUGCCGCGUUCAUGGGAAUCUUGACCUAUUUGUUAGUGGACGUACCAGCAUUCGUGGAAACUAUAGGAUUACUGGCAGUAUUAAUGGAAGCUAUGUUGGGGAUACCGCAGUUCCUUUGUAAUUUUUUUAACAAGUCUACUAACGGAAUGAGUAUCGUUAUGGUCGGACUGUGGACGUUAGGUGACGCAUUUAAAACAUGUUAUUUUGUCGUAAGAGAAGCUCCGAUCCAGUUCGAAGUUUGUGGUGCUCUUCAAGUUAUAAUCGAUAUUGCAAUUUUAGCACAGGUCUACAUCUAUCAGAAUAGUUCGGCAGUGCAUGCAAAAGUCCCGGUUCGAGUCGAUUAAACGACCAUGAACGACUGCUUGGACCGCCUGUGGUGGGUGACCCACUGUUUUCAACCGCACAUUGUAUAUAGGAUAUUUUAAUUGAAACCGCGAUCAAUCUCUAACGUUCAAAUUAAACGUAUACGAUGUACGUGAUAGUGAUGAAAGAAUUAGAGACAAGAUAAAAUGCACAAUCUUUUACGAAUUCUACUUAGCUGGUACAUACAUAGCUGACCGAUGCGUAGCCUGCUGUCACUAGAUACAUACUAACUACAUAACCUAUGUGACAUUCUUUUUAUCGGUACAUUUCAAUUGUAUUAAGUUGUACAAAACUUUAUCAACUGACUACUGUAAAUAAAAUCGAUAUUAAUUAUAUA